AUGAGGACGUCAUUUGCUUUACUUCUGGCAGUAUUGGCCGUGAGCGCAGUUUCCGGCGCUAACAAAAAAAGCGGAUACCGCUACAGGCGCGUAAACAGUGGAGGACUAGGUGGUGGUGGAUACGAGGGUAGCUACAACGGAGGUGGAUAUGGUGGAGAUAAUGAUGGUGGAUACGGAGGAAGCUACGGUGGAGACGACAGUGGUCGAUAUGGUGGAGGUUAUGAUGGUGGAUACGUACGAGGCUACGGUGGCCUCUCUGGUGGUGGAAACGGAGGCUUUGGUGGAGAGCUAAGCUCUGGAGGUUUAGGUGGCAGGCGCUUUGGAGGCUUCAACGGAAAGAAUGGGUGUUAUGGUGAACACUGCGCCUUUGGCGGAGGCAGUGGUGGAUUCCUAGGUGGCUACGGUGGUGGAAUUGGCGGUGGAUACGGGUCUGGCAACGGAGGCGAUUACGGUGUGGGAGUUGAUUAUAAUGGUGGUUAUGGUGGUGCAAACGGAGGCAAUAACGGUUUCGGAGGUAGUUUAGGUGGUGCAAACGGAGGCAGUAACGGUUUGGGAGGUGGUUUGGGUGUCGGAAACGGAGGCGGUAACGGUUUGGGAGGUAGUUUGGGUGUUAAAAACGGAGGCAGUAACGGUUUGGGAGGUGGUUAUGGGGGUGCGAACGGAGGCGGUAACGGUUUGGGAGGUGGUUUGGGUGUUGGAAACGGAGGCGGUAACGGUUUGAGAGGUGGUUUGGGUGUUGGAAACGGAGGCGGUAACGGUUUGGGAGGUGGUUAUGGUGGUGUAAACAGAGGCGGUGACGGUUUGGGAGGUGGUUUGGGUGUUGUAUACGGAGGCAGUAACGGUUUGGAAGGUAGUUAUGGUGGUGCAAACGGAGGCGGUUACGGUUUGGGAGGUGGUUAUGGUGGUGAUAACGGAGGCAGUAACGGUUUGGGAGGUGGUUUGGGUGUUGGAAACGGAGGCGCUAACGGUUUGGGAGGUGGUUUUGGUGUUGCAAACGGAGGCAGUAGAGGUUUCGGAGAUGGUAAUGGUGGUGCAGACGGAGGCAAUUACGGUUUGGGAGGAAGUUAUGGUGGUGAUAACGGAGGCAGUAACGGUUUGGGAGGUGGUUUGGGUGUUGGAAACGGAGGCGGUUACGGUUUUGGUGGUGGUGUGGGUGUUGCAAACGGAGGCAGUAACGGUUUUGGAGUAGGUUAUGGUGGUACAAAUGGAGGCAGUAACGGUUUGGGAGGUGGUUUGGGUGUUGGAAACGGAGGCCGUUACGGUUCAGGAGAUGGUUUGGGUGUUAAAAACGGAGGCGGUUACGGUUUGGGAGGUGGUUUCGGUGGUGGAAACGGAGGCGGUAACGGUUUGGGAGGUGGUUAUGAUGUUGCAAACGGAGGCAGUAACGGUUUGGAUGGUAGUUUCGGUGGUGGAAACGGAGGCGGUAACGGUUUGGGUGGUGGAAACGGAGGCGGUUACGGUUUUGGUGGUGAUUCCGAUUAUGGAUACGGGGGCGAUAACGGUGCGGGAGGUGGUUUCGGUGGUGGUUUGGGCGUUAGUUCGGUUGGACGUGUUGGUGGUAAUCGGCAAUGCAAGUGUGAGAAGAAAUGCAGCAGAGGGAAAAGGUGGCUGAUAAGGGUCAGUUGA